AUGGAUUCGGAGUAUUUAAAAAGACACCUGGGUAAAUGUCUGGUUGAAGGACUGGCUGAAGUGGCCGAGCAGCGUCCUCCUAACCCCCUCUCAUACCUGGCUCACUGGCUGUACAAGUACAACGACAAUGUGAACUAUGAGACCGAGGUAAACUGCUGUGCUCUGUUCUGUCACUAGGGGGAGCCAUUCAAUCACAUGCGUUUCCACCACUUAUCAGAUUUAGUGUUAGAUCUUAGUUUAUCUUUAUGAUGAAUUUCUCUGUUUUUAAAAUAUGACUCAUUAUGAAAUUUUCUUCAACUUUUAUCCAUACUGGACGGAUCAUUUAGAAACAACUCCUUCAUCCAGGGUGUUACAAUUGUAAGGAAGAAAUAUUAACUAUAUAACGUACAUAUUGUGUACAACCUAGAACACUAUCGCUAAAAUUAACAUGAAUACUGCAACUAAUUUACUACAAGCACAGACCGCUUUGUUUAAAAUGUAAAUCUGAAAUGAGAUAAAUGUUUAGCUUCAUGACUUAAGACUGUGCUCAAACCACCAUCCAGAUCGGAUUCACUCCCAAAUUUGGAUGUUUUUUCACUUAAUGCCUCAGGAUAGGAAAACAAGUGUUCUUAAUCACAGGUUGUGUUAUAAAAGCCGUGAAAUUGUGGCUAUUCUGACACUCAGGGGUAUGACUCCAGUCAUUGUGAGGAGACUAACUUCUUGGAAACACUGCCACUGGCUUCAACCUCCCAGGAACCCAAAGUUGCUUCUGCUCUGACCUCUACUGCCUUUAUCUCCCUCAAAGUCCUGGUGUCCAGUAGGUUUUGAGGACUGUAGUAAAGCAGUAAACACAGACUUAGACUGUCUAAGCUCCUCAGACUGGGAGGUAUAAAGCUCUCGAGCUUAGCGAGGCCAUGACAACACAAACCUUUAACCUUUAGCUUCUAAUAAGACGCUGCUAUCAUAGAGAGGUGAAGGGUCAAGAGUUUUUCGUCCAGUUUAGAUGUCAGGCAUGCUAAAAAGUUGUGUAAAUGUGAAAUUUAUACAUCACCCUUUUUUAUUUCUCUUUGCAGAAAAAAGCUAAACUGAAACUUUUGGAGGAGGAGGAGGAAAAAGCAAAGGAGGAGGCGUUAGCCCAGAAGAAGCUGAGAGAGGAGGAGCAGAAAAUCAGCAAGGCCUCAGAGGAGUCGAAAAAAGUAAAAACACUCUCGCUUCUUUUGAUGUAAUAGUGAGUCUGAGCUUGAUUGACUAUUGUUUUGUCUGCAUUAGUAUUUCGAUAUCAGAUGACCCUUUGUUAUCACAGUUUUAAGCUAAAUUUAAGUGCUAACAAAACACCUGAUCAAGAGGAAAAAGGAAGGCCAGGAAAGCAAAAUUGUCAGUGUAAUUGUCCGACAUUUAAGCCCCAUUUGCAAUGCAUUAAACAGAUCUCUGAGCAGGAGUCUUCAGGGUCUGACACUCCCACACCAGCCCAAACAGGAGCUGCUGAAGACAACAAACCUGCAACAGAAGAGAAACCAAGCACCCCAGAUCCAGAAAUCCACCAGCAACAAACAGACGACCACAAAACUGAAGCUCAAGACCCUGAGACUGAACCAGAGGUGAUAAAAAGUUGAUCUCAAACCUGAGUGCUCCUGGUGGUGGUUCCUCUCUGAUUGUUUUAAAUCACAAUGCAGAAAUUGUGCUUCUCCUCAUGCAUGAUUUGCUUCCUGUAGUGUGGAGAUCCAAUGAUUUCACGUGGUUUACAGAGGUUAUGUUGUGCCAGGUGAAGGAUGCAGAUAGUUUAACCAAUCCAGAGUUCCAUGAGGUUAAACCUUUGGAGGUCAGCAGAUCUUCACUCUCAGAGGUCAGAGAGGAGUCUGCAGAAGAGCCCGGUGAAAUAAAACCUGAAACAGAGCAGAGGAGUGAUGAAGCAGAGGAGAAAACAGAGGUGGAACCAAAUGACAAUCAAGAGGAAGAGAAAGAAGAGAUAGAGGUCGACCCGGAGGAGAACAAGGUAUAUACAGUACAUUAAUACAACUCUUUGUCUGGAGUUGGAAACAAGUCGAGUUGUGAUGCUUUAAGGUUUAUAUUCUGAUUUAUUUUUGCUCUGCAGGUGAACGAUGAAGCGAACACUGAGUCUGAGCGAACUGAAGCAUCACAACCAACUCCCAGUCCUCGCCAAGACAAUGACGCCUUAAAAACAGAUGAUCAACUCGAGAAACAAAGCCCUCGUUCUCCUGAACCUCAACACGCAGAGAAGGUGACAAAAUACACGAUUCGUGCAGCUGAUUUGAGUCGCCGAUAUUUACAAAUUCAAGGUGCAAGAAAUGCAGGAUGAAGAUCAAUAAAGGAGAGGGAGAUAAAGAGGAAGAUUUCAGGACAAAGUGAGCUGAAGAUAAACAUUAUAGAUCAGCUGAGGACAGUUGGAGCAAGAAGAGAACAGCUGAGGAGAUAAGGACGAUGUUUGUUUAAGAAGGAGUCAGGCUGAGUGGCAGCAGAUCUCAUCUUAAAGAUCCAACUUUUGGUCGAUCGAGUUUUGAAAGUAUUCAAACAAACUUACAAAGUCAUUUUGUCACUAAGAAAAUAUCUUAAUUUACUGGUUUUAGCUUCUCACAUGUCAGAGUUUGCUGCUUGUAUUAGUCAUUCAUGAGGAUGAAUUAUGGGGCCUGUAAUUGAAAUCCUUUUUUUUUUGUGUCACACUGUUUCCGUAGCAGGUGGAGUCAACGACAGAAGCUGGAGAGGAGACACAGAAGUCAGCUACCCCAUCUCCUCAGGAGCAGGAAAAGGUGUUCAAAUAUUUUGUCUUAUUCACGGUAAAAUUUACUCAAAGAGGAGAUGAAAGUGAAGAAACUGCCCGGGGAACUGUUACAGAAACUUUCAAAUCUUUAUAAAUAGAGUGUACUCUUAAACUGACAUCAUUGUUUAGUUUGGAGAUUCUCAAAAUUAGCUAAACUCCAUGGUAGGGUUGAUCACCUCUGCAUAAGUUAGCCAAGCUUUCGUUCUGCUUCUCUGGACGAUCUGGAGUUGGCUGAGUGGAUAAUCUACCUUCUGUCCUUUCAAAUGCUUAACAUAAACUGUAUGGGCCUCUUUUUUAUCUCAGGAGACAGACGAUCAAUGCAGCAGAGAGGCCGUGGAUAUCUCGGCUCCAGCUGACAGCGAGGUUACAGCAGAGGAGGGUGAGAAACCUGCAGCUUCACAAGAGGAACCUCAAAACCUUCCCUCUGACGUGGACAACAUGUAG